CUAAAGGGCAAUACAGUGAGAUUAUAUUUACCAUCUAUUUUAAAAGUCUCAUUUAUAUCUCUUUUUGUAUGUUUAAAAUUGUUUUUAGCUCAGAUAUUAGCGUAUGAUAUUGCCCCUUUACAUUAUGUAUGAAUCAAGCAGUGAUUAAUUUACUUGGAACUUCACUAGAAUACAUUGUGAAAACCAUAUUCUAAAUUGAUGUGCACAUGGUGAUCAAGAUGAUAUAUUAAUACUGAUGUUAAAGAAGUAAAUUAUAUUAAAAGUGGGUCUAAAUUCCAGACUAAUCGUUUGAAAACGGGGAGAAAAAUGGAAACUCUUUGGUUGAGUUUUAUGGGGAACAUACUUCAACCCGUGACUGCACUUUUUUGAUACCUUUUGACUUCGUACACUUAUUUAGCGGCGGGAUUGGUGAACUGUGAAAUUGAAAGGCAUUGUUCAAAAUAGAUUUUAUUGUCAUCCUAAUGACAGUUUAAGGUAUGUUCCUCAGGGAAACUUUUGCAUGCUAAUCCCGGAGCAGUGAUGCCCUCCAGGUAAACGCAGUGGUAAUGGAAAUCAUUAACACAAUACCAAUUCAAACUUGUGCAUCAACUGGAAAGAAUGCACGCCUCCCAGAAAGAUUACACUCAUUUUUGUUGUAAAGAAUACAAAGUUAUCUCAGAUAUCGCAAGUGAUUAGCAUCUGAUCGUAGCCAAUCUUGGAGAUGUUAUCUCGUAAGUAUAAUAAGCGCGACACCCAGGUGUACACAGAGGUUGAUAAAGAAACCCAAACGACAUCAAUUUGUAAUCAUGUUGAACUCCUUGUGAACGGCGGCUAGGCAAUGUUGCAAACUGGAAACUUACACAAUAUUUUGUGCAACACCUUUACAAAUAGUAAUGGAGGACAAAUCAUGGAGUAAUAAGGUUAUUUUGAAGGACGACAAUUGACUUCCAGCUGAACCCUGAAAACACGCAGACGCAGAACCCGGAGUGUAAUAUGGAUUGUUCGAAUCAGAGACCGAAGCCUUUUUGUGGGACCGAUGGAAGAACUUAUUUAUCGAAAUGCGAAGUGAAGAAAGCAAGAUGCCAAGGAUGGAAUGUGAGGAAAGAACACAACGGUCCCUGCGCAGUAGAAUUAACGAAAUGCCAGUUAGAGCGAGCCCAGAAUCUGCAGCAACCAGACAGCUCCUCGUUGUUUGUACCACAAUGUAACGAAGACGGUAGCUAUGCUAUGAUACAAUGUCAUAAGUCGUUUGGAUAUUGCUGGUGUGUUACAGAGGAAGGUAAACCCAUUGCUGGUUCCUCGGUCAGGGAAGGCAACCCCACGUGUAACAGACAAGCCGAUGAGCCAAUUGUCGACAAUCCCCCAACGUUCAAGGGAACGUCAUCGUCUUCUGGAGGUUCGCGAUGCAGACAAGACAAACGUGAAGAAUUCAACAAGAAUCUCAAGAGAAUCUUCAAAGAAGAGUACGCCCGUCUGCCUCGAGCCGACAUCGCACCGAUCCCCUUCUCAUCCUCGAGAGCGACCCUGGAAUGGGAGAAACAGGUGAUCGAGUGGAAGUUCGGCUCCCUCGACGAGAACGAGGACGCGAACCUCGACAGCAAAGAGCUCAAACCGUUGCUCAGGCUCAUGAAGAAGAUCAUCAAACCCAAGGUCUGCGCUAAAGACUUCGUGAAGAUUUGCGAUCUCGACGCCGAUGACCGUCUGACUGAGAUGGAGUGGUCAUUAUGUUUAGGGGUCGACAAUAUUCACGAUGGACAUUGGUCUGACUCAUCAGAUAAUGAAAACGAGCAACCAGAGGAACCGACCGUUGACAGUGGGGGUCCGCAAGACGGUAGGUCAAGUACGAACGAACAUCUUUUCUUAUCUUUCUUGAUUUCAACAGCGAGUCCUCCUUUAUUAGUUACAAGACAGAUUCCACACGGAGACAACGCAGAUUCAGACAAUCAAAAUGUACCCGUGUUGUCCUGUGAAACCGAGCGGCUACGGGCCCUGGAGGAACAGGAGAGAACGUCCGCCUCGGUGGUGUUUGUACCCCAGUGUACGAUCACGGGUGACUACAUGGCUGUCCAAUGCCAUGAACAGAUGCAGUACUGCUGGUGCGUCUAUGUGGACACCGGGAAACCUAUUCCAGGAACGUCCGUUCGUGAUUCGACCAAGGAAGACUGCAGUCCUCUAGCCACUUCCAGGGGCCCCAUCACACCAAGAGUGUUCGUGGAUUGUCCGGAUGACAAAAAGAAGAGAUUUCUGAUUAAACUGAUUGAAAAGCUCUAUGCAGAAAUGACAGUUACAGAUGCGCUUCUAAUAGAAACAACUACGCAAGCCGCAGAGGAUCUUAGUCCCAACCAUAAAGACGAAUCGAUAGUUUGGAAGUUUGGGCAGCUGGAUAGAAAUGGUAACAACUACCUGGAAGCCAAGGAAACGGCGACAUUCGCAACCGAAAUAGAUCUGAUUAAAUCGAGCAAGAAAUGUCGGAAUAACUUCUUAGACUUUUGUGAUGCUAAUCAAGAUUCGAGACUAGCACUCAAAGAGUGGCUACACUGUUUCGAUAUUACACCACCGGUUGCAACUGAAGCACCUCCAAGAAGAGGGCGAAAUCCAUUUAUUGACAGACUGACUUGAUGGCCGAGCGCGGGUUGAUUCCAGUCUACACAAUGUACGUCAUCUUCAGCCAAUGAAAUGCCCGGCAUGUGAAACAGCUCUGUCCAAUGUUUCCUAUUUAAAACAAAGCAAAACUAAAACAAACUUUAUGCUAUGAUGUCAUAUCAGAAAAUAGAGACAAUUUGGUAUCCGAGGAUUCGACUUCUGAAUUAAAAUGUUGUGACUUGUGCAGCGUGAUGCAUGCUGACGAAAACUUCAGAUCGAGCGUCGAGAUUUGAAUUAAAGGCCGACCCGGUCGUGUAGACAUUCUCUUCUUGUGCGAGUGCUCCAUUUUAGAGUAUGAUCUGUUUCUCAUCUCUGAAUGGACUUGCACUAUUGUUUAUGUUUGUAUGUAUUUGACAUAAAUCAGAUGAAAAGGGAGGAGUUGUUUUGUGACCAAUUGUAAAUCGGAGAAUGAACUCCAAGUGUGGAAGAAACUGAUUCAUCUUUUUAACCUUGACAAGAGAGUCAGUGGAUAGAAAUUUCCUCCCGUCAGUCAGUCGCUUCAAAGCAAUAUUAUCAUGAUGGAAAUUGAUCAUGGAGAGAGAAAAAAUAGGUAGGGAGAGGUCGCGAUGAAAGCUAUUUGGCACUGUAGAUCUUUCUUCUACUCGAAGGAACCAAAUAGAAGAAAACUUGAAAAGAAAUUAUUGAUCGUAAUAUGCAGAGUGGAUCAUUCGUGGAAGUACACAAGCGUUGGAUUCGAACAAAGCAUGCAGGAUCGUCCGCGAGGAGGAUGGUCUUCAAAAAACUGUUAAUUUGAUAAUACCGCUGAUGAAAUGAUGUUGCCGCCUACUUCGGCAGAUGCCAAGGAUUAUUUAAUGGCAUCGCCAUACUUGAGUCCUCUCUCCGCUGCUCCUAUGUGACUCAUCACAUCCGAUGCUGGCAUCUUUGACGGGAUCGCUUGGGCAUCAAUCAUCUCGGAGAUGGGCUUGUCUGCAUGCCACUGACUUUUUCACAUUGGAGGCGGGGGAGAAAAAAAAAUCCAUGUUUAAAAAGGGAGGUACUCCCUUUUAGAAUCGAAACUUUCUGCUCUUAUUCUGUGAAUAUGCUGGAUUAUAUGCGCCAGUGUUUACUUCGAUUUUAAAAUUAUUACGUGCUCCUUACCAAUGUAUGAUUUUCAGAACAUUAUCAUUUAAUUUAUCUUAUUCUAAAAUUAUUAAUUUUAGUCGAUUGCACAUUGUCACAUUUUAUUUCGAUAUUUUAUCAACCUUCUUUCCUCUCAGAUUCUUUUCUGACUUUCUGAUUUCUUUUACAUGUUUUUCCUUCUCUUUUGAUUCUGAAGUAAUAUCAAAUUGCUAUCUUAUUAUCAGCUCCUUCCCUCUCUCUCUAGCUCUUAUUCUUUUUCUCGUUGAUAUUUCCCUUCUAUCUUUCCCUCCCUUCCCAUACAUCCGUCUAUCUGUUCCUCUGCGAUGAUAUAUGAAGAUAUCUCGUUGUCAUGACGUCGUAGCCUAGCGAGCUACAAGCUAAAUUUGCUUCUUUCUCCCAGUGACCAUGAGCGAAUUCUAUCGCAGCAAUGAACCAGAAUGAAAAGGGUCAAAUUUUAUGUAGCAUGAAUUUCCUGUGCUGCUGCACGGGGGAAACCCGUUUUGGUUUUAAUCAUUUUUUAUUCCCUGUUCGACCAAAUGAAAUUAUUCUUUAAAGUUGCAUCUUUGAAGUCUUACAGAGAUUAUUAUAAAGGAGCAAUAGUUUUCGUGUUUUUUCAAAGAUGUUCCUGUGAAUGCUUUCUUUGAUCGAGAUUUUUUUACAAACCAAAACAUUAAAAAAAAAAAAAAUUUCUUUGGGUUGUUCCCAGUGUAGUCGAUGAGCAAAUUGACUGACAUUUGUGAGAAAUAGGCUUGCGAACAUCAUUACAAAGUGUCACAGAAGCAGAAAAGAUUAUAAGAAAUAAUGAUGAAUUAUAGAAGGUCAUGGAUAUUUUUCAAAACAAACAUAAGGGGGAAGGAAUUUAAUCCAUUUUUGGUAUGUACUAGUAGAAAUAGCAUUUAUGAAUAUUUUUUUGUUUUUAAUUCUUUCGUUUCACUUUAAAUAGAAAAUCUUCUGAAACUGGCAUCAUAAUGCUAAUUUUCGUUUGACGAGGAUUUUCGAUUGGAUUUAGGAAGAUUCCCAACACUAGUUAGUAAGAAAUCAGGGUCAUGACCUCACCCGAUAUCAUGCCUUGCCUUUUGAAUGAAAUGGAAAUAUUUUAUUUGCAUGAUGAUGUACAAUUUGUAACCCAAAGAAUGAACGUUUGUAACUUAAUGCCAUUAGCAGUAUGAUAUGAAGGGCGAUUGCCUUUGCAGAUGUUCUGAUGUGUGCGGUAAUUUUGCUUUGAUCUCGUCACACUAAUUGACUUUGACGAAGAACUUACACAUCAUGUUUUAAUUCGUGCACAAGUUUUCUGUAUUUUCGUGAGUUUCAACUGGAUUUUUCUUGACUUUGACUAAUGUUUUCGUCAGAAAUAUGCAUCAUUAUGUUUUGAAUCUGCUCGAUAAAUUACCCCUUUUUUGCUAGGGAUAAUACAGAUCGUUAUGUGUAAUGAUGGAUGAAAUGUUUAGAGCAAACUUUCUUUGGAAUUUCAUGCUAUUUCGAUCAAAAUGAUUCGGCUUAAUAAUCUCACUUAUUCCUCGAUGUAAUUUGUAAGUCCAGUUGAAGAAAAAAAAUGCCAGGAUGGUUGCACAUUUGCGCGAGAUUUUUUCUUUCUUACUAAAAUAGAGUUGGAGAUUUAUCGUUAGGGAAAUUGGAAUAGAAGUAAUAUAAUUGUAUGAGAAUGGCCACGAACUAGUGCGCAGCAACGUUCAUGCUUUCGAAUGAUGACGAUUUUCAACAGCAAUAUAUUAUUCUUGUAAAUAGUGCCCACAAAUGUUCGACCUUAUUAUUCAUGUUAUUGUGAACAUAUUGUGCUUUGAAUCUUGUAAGCUUGUUUUGAAACUAUUGUGGAAAAUUAUCAUGAACUAAAUGCAGCAGCUAUGUGUUAGCCGGCUGUAUGGAUUAGGUGCAUUUCAAAAUACUUGCUAUGUCUUUACAAAGACCAAUGUUCUGCCAAUCUCUUCCGUUGUAUUGCUCUGAGAUGCACGACUGCAAUUUUGAUUAGCAUUAGGACAAUUGGAAAAACAUUUUGACAAGGUCAUAAUUUUUAAGUGUACAUAAUUUGCAUGUCAAAUUUCUCCCCUUAUAUAGAGGCAACAUUCUUUCAAAAGUACUUACGUAGGUUUCCAGACCAAAAUGCAGUUUUGUACAAAUGUGUUGUCUUAAUUUAAAGAGAAGAUGCGGAUUGAAGGACCAAAUACUUUGGAAAUUAAAAAAUGGAAUGGAUUACAAAGAUGGGGCACAGUAUCUUUUAAAAUGAUUUGAAUAUCAGAUGUGGUUCUGGAAGAUUUUUUUGAGGGGGCAGGGCUGUCGGUGUUGUUGCUUUCAUUUUAUACAUAUGCUUCGCUCAGAUUAAUUUGUAAUCGAGAAAGAGAAACCCAACAAGAUUGACAAAUAUCUUCCAAGGUAUUUUGGGGUUGUAAAGGCGGCAAUAUAUGUUUAAAUUCGAACAGUUUCUCAUGUAGUGUGAAUACAGUACAUGCUCUAUACAGUAUAUGCUAUACAUCAAAAUACCAUCUUUUACUAUAUAAGAGGGUUGAUCAGGAUUAAUGUGUGACAAUAAUGCGUAAUCAUGGAAAUUGAUACUAGCUAUAUUUCAUAGAACACUUAAUUUCCAUGUAAUGA